UGGGAGUCGCGGCGAGUACAAAGCCAGAAAAAAUACCCUUUACAAGAAGUGGUCCGAAGUUAAGAACAUGGAUGACAUUCCACCAUAUUUAGCAACUGGUCCUAAUUGGAGCCCUUCAUGUCCUAAAGGUGGUAACAAACGCCGACGACGUGCUGCUGUUGCAGAAAUAGAACCGUUGAACUUCAUCAUAGGCACCGAAGACUGUUCCAAUAAUCAAGAGUACUGCAACGGGCCACUGAAAGCAGGAAGAGCAUACAAAGUGAAAUCAUUUGCAUGCACGACAUCCGGAUGUACAGAAACACUAUAUUCACAACCGAGUAGGACAGCUCCUGACCCAACGGCAGGAAUAAUAGGCGGAGCUGUGGCAGCUGUUGUAGCCAUUGUCAUUGCAGGAGUUGUUAUCAUCUUCAUGAAACGGAAAAAGCGACUAUGUUUCGCCGGAAAGGAAGUUGAAAAUGGCACCAGAAAAGGAGUUGUUGAUAUGCAAAAUAUAGACACUGAUACAGAUCAUAUUUUCAAACCGUGUCCAGUGAAAUUAUCGGAGUUCCCCGCUUACGUGGAAAACAUGCACAAGGACAGUAAUCUUUUAUUCGCGGAGGCUUACAAGCUGCUGAAAGAACAAAGUCCAUCUCAUCCUGUGACGGCCGCAAAUUCCGAGAAUAGUAGGCCAAAGAACCGUUACACCAACAUCAUGCCUUGUGAGUGUUCGCUUACAUUGAUUACUGUUCUGUGUCUCAAGACAUAGAAUUUGUCAUGUGUUUAACGUGUCAAAAUAAUAUAGUGUUUUUAAAUUCAAGCAGUUUUUAAUUGAU